AAAGUAACUCAAAACGAUGUGUAGAAUCUUCGUUCUAGUUUUGAGCUUUGCUAUUUUAAUUUGUAUUGGUUACGGUCAGAGGCCAAAACUAGAUAGAUGGGUUUUUCGAGAAUUACUACAAUUCACGAAUAUCACUGUUCAAGAAAAAUUAGUGGAGAACUUGGAGCGGCAAAAUUGGACACUUCCUGCCGUCAAGAUUUUGGACCGCUGGAUGGACAAGUACUGGAAUAACUCUAGGCUUUGGAAUGAAUCGUGGGUAUCAUCACAUUGGUCAUGGAAAGGAAAAGAGGGUACUCGUAACACAAUUAAGAUAUUGUUGUAUCAAUUUAAGGGCAAGAAAACCUAUAUUAAUCAUUUGUGCAAAACUGCAGUCGAGCAAGAGAUUUUGAAUAGUGCAAAUGCAGGAAAGAUACGGAAAUUUUUUUGGAAGCUUGAUGAGACAUACUAUUUCGAUGGUCAAUUAAAAAGACUGUUCAAUCCGGAACUUGCUGAAUAUGAAAUGCUAAACGUGACCAAAGAGGGGAUUGUAGAUCUAAAGGCUAUUUCCGACAAAUACCUCGAGGACGAGAAACAAUACUCACUUUUGAGACUGACAUAUUUUGACAUUUAAAUUGGAUUAUCAAUAAAUUCUUCAUACUUGGUUUUAGAGUUCUAUUCUUUGAUCACCAUUGUUGGUUGAUCGUUAAUUUUGUGAAUUGAAAUUUUUUGGAAUGAAACUACAGUGAAACAGACAAA